AUGUCAGCGGUGGUUGCCGGUUCCUCCACUUCAUUCUCUGCCACCUUCACCACCAGGAAGAGUCCCUCCUUAAAAAACUCUCACCUCACACACUACAAGAUACUCACUCCUCCUCAAUGCCAGAAAACAUCUUUACAAGGUCUCUCUCUUCAUGAAGCCAAAAGGGGUGUUUCAGAAUCCUUCCUUGGUGAGAAAAAGAAUGGUUACUCCAAUAGUGGGAGGAGACUUGAGAUCACAGCAAAAACCGCUGGGGCUUCAAAGACAAUUGAGGUGGAGGUUGACAAGCCACUGGGCCUCACCUUAGGCCAAAAGUCUGGUGGGGGUGUUGUCAUCACUGCUGUUGAUGGUGGUGGGAAUGCAGCAAGAGCAGGGCUAAAGUCAGGGGACCAGGUUCUUUACACUAGCAGUUUCUUUGGAGAUGAAUUGUGGCCUGCGGAUAAGCUUGGAUUUACUAAAACCGCAAUCCAAGCAAAGCCUGAUUCUGUCUACUUUGUUGUCAGCAGAGGUGCUGACGUAGACGUUAAAAGGCUCCCAAAGCGUCCUGCUCCUCCUCGCUUUGGAAGAAAACUGACUGAAACUCAAAAGGCUAGAGCUACUCACAUUUGCCUUGAUUGUGGAUACAUCUACACCUUACAGAAACCUUUUGAUGAGCAGCCUGACACAUAUGGGUGUCCUCAAUGUCAAGCACCAAAGAAGAGGUUUGCUAGAUAUGAUGUUAACACUGGAAAAGCUAUUGGUGGGGGCUUGCCUCCUAUUGGAGUUAUUGUUGGACUUGUGGCUGGUCUAGGUGCUGUUGGAGCUUUGCUUCUUUAUGGUCUUCAGUAA